UCUUUGGACCUUGAGGGGAAACAUGCGUUUGGCUUGGAUCGUUUUACAUUCUUAGUUUGGGAUCCCCGCCCGCCUGCCUCUUCCGCCCCGCGGAUUUUUCUUUUCUUUUUUUCUUUUUUUCCUUUUUUUUCCCUCCCGGUCUCCUUUUUGACUCCCUCCCCCUUUAUGCUCGCCCAGCCUUCCCCUAGCUGCUGAGAAGUGGGGGAGGGUCUAGGCCUCCAGGUUCCCGCCCCAUCGGGGCCUGGGCGAGCAUGGGGGGCAAGCAGACACGGCAGCCCGCUCCCGGGGCCCUUUCCCGGGGGUCUCCACUGAUGACAGCGCUGUGCCCCCCGCCGGGAGGGGCGCCCCACUUUGGGCACUACCGGACGGGCGGCGGGGCCAUGGGGCUGCGCAGCCGCUCGGUCAGCUCCGUGGCGGGCAUGGGCAUGGACCCCAGCACGGCCGGGGGGGUGCCCUUUAGUCUCUACACCCCCUCCUCCCGGGGGGCCGGCGACUCGGAGAGGGCGCCCGGCGGCGGAGGGUCCACGUCCGACUCCACCUAUGCCCACGGCAAUGGUUACCAGGAGACGGGCGGCGGUCACCAUAGAGACGGGAUGCUGUACCUGGGCUCCCGAGCCUCGCUGGCGGAUGCUCUACCUCUGCACAUCGCACCCAGGUGGUUCAGCUCGCACAGUGUGAGAAAUCCCUAUCGACCAUAUGCACGUUGGGAUGGACACUGCCUUCAGGAACCCAGAGGUUUUAAGUGCCCCAUUUGCUCCAAGUCUGUGGCUUCUGAUGAGAUGGAAAUGCACUUUAUAAUGUGUCUGAGCAAACCUCGCCUCUCCUACAAUGAUGACGUGCUGACUAAAGACGCGGGUGAGUGUGUGAUCUGCCUGGAGGAGCUGCUUCAGGGGGACACGAUAGCCAGGCUGCCCUGCCUGUGCAUUUAUCACAAAAGUUGCAUAGACUCAUGGUUUGAAGUGAACAGAUCUUGUCCAGAACACCCCGCGGACUGACCCUGCCAGGCUCGCUUGCUGACUCCUCUCAAAGGUUUAUUUCAUUUAUUCCAAGUAAACUCCCAGGACAGCUGAUGAUGUCAGACAAUUCAGGGACAUUUGCUCUUUUUACCUUCACCUCAAAAACUGAGGACGUGGGGAGAAGACACAGCAAGGGGGAGAGUAAGGCGGAGGGAGUGGAGCCUGGCUCCGGCUGCAAGUCCAAAUUCCUGGCAUGAUGUUUGGCUUCGGGGCCCCAGACCGGAACCACAGGCGCCCGGCCCGGCCUCAGCAGAUGCACGCGGCUGGCCUCAGGCCCAACGGAGCACGACUUACGUCUUACGGUCCCCACAGGGACAGCCAGGCCCCGUUCCUGAGAGGAGGCUUCGGACACUGGGGCAGAGCUGAGCUGGGGACUCCAGUGGGAACAGGGCACCCCUCCUGCACUGACUUCCAGAGAAUGGUCCCCCUUCCCCCUGAGGACACCAGAUUGGAUGAGAGCGCGUUUGAGAGAAGAAAGCAUCACCCGCCAUCAUUCCCCGCAUCCUCGUCCCAGGAGGGAAAGGGCAUUUUCUUUUUCACCUUUGAAAGGCGUUGUGGGUCUGUCUCUAAAGUGUUUACAAAAAAAAAUUAUAAAACAACAAAAAGUCUAGUGUCGACUGGUGUUUUCCCUCGUGAUGUUUACUGGUUGCUCUCUGCUGCCCAGCUAGAACCCACUCAGUGACAGAAACGAACAGAGCCAGGUUCUCACCUCGCGCUUCCCAAUGGCACCUAGCUUACGGCUGGUGCCCAGCAGCCUCUCUCUCACCAACUGCUCUGCCUUGGUUUUUUGUUUGAUUUUUUUCCCCAUUUUUCUGGCUUGGUUUUGCACUUUUCUCCCCUUGGGACCCUGAUAUCUUAACUUCAUUGCCAAAAAAGCACCCACUGAGGACCUUCUCCACCUCAUUUCCCAUCUCUCCUACUGUAUUCCCUCCUGGUUCUGGUCAGUUCAGAGGAUUUAACAAUCACAAGUGUCCUGCAGAAAUGCCUGAACAUUUUUCUUAAACCCUUGUGGAUUUUUUUUCCCCAGAAAACUUA